GAUAAAAUGUGAAUGUUAGAAAAAAGGGUCAAAAAGAUAUGAUCAUGACCUGGUCACUCAUUUGUUAGCGGAAGUCAAGAGAAUUGAAAUCACCACAUGAACAGCUCCCUCAACGGCUCCUUUUCGUAUUUAAAAACUGACCAUUUCCUAAGAGAACUUGUGUGACUUUUUAGCGUUUUGGUACGUAAACGUAAUUGAAAGUUUUAUUUUUUCUUACUGGAAUCAAAUCAUUUGAUGUUCUGUUUUCAUGUUCUUGUAGGAAUAAAGAUUAUAGUCAAUUCGUAUCAUUUUAAGUAGCUUUGCAUCUAGUUAAUCAAUCAAUCUUCUAUGGUUUACAAGUUUUUUUUUCAGAUUUCGAAAUCACACAACCAUGGCAACGAGAAAGAAGACGUCAUCAUCAGCAUCAUCAUCAAAGCUGCCAGAAUGGUCUCUUCUACCGGAGGAGUUACUUCAAAUUGUGUCCAAAAAUGUGGAGAACUGUUUUGAUGUUGUUCAUGCUCGGUCGGUUUGCAACUCGUGGCGAUCCUUAUUUACCUUUCCUUCUUGCCUAUUACGCCCAAGUUACUCUCUUCCCACAUUCGACGAGUUCACUCUUGAAAGCAAAGACUUGUGCACCUUCGAGAAGGUCCCUUUGUUCGUCUUUAGAGUCAAAACUCCUGCUGCUUCUACGUCGCCUUUUGAGUAUUUUCUAGGAGGCAUAGGCCGAGAUGAUCAUAUGGAUCGUCCAUCUCCCCUUCAAUGUUCAGUGAAAGUGGAGAUCCCAGGAUUUGAUUCAACCUUGAUGAACAUGCUAGAUUGCCAGAUCCUCUCUCUAGGCCAUCAGUAUAGAUUGAUCGGUUGGGAACCUAAAGAUUACAAAGGCGUGGCUUUUCUUCCGCUUAACAAGGAGGGAAGAGAAGGGGAAUUCGUUGUGAUUCUCAAUUACACUAACGUUUUGAUGGUGUUAACAAGUGCGGAAAUGAAGUGGAAGCGGCUUGAGAAUGUCCCAUAUGCUAUAUGCUCGGAUUUAGUCACUUUUAGAGGAAGAUUUUAUGCAUCCUUUCUUAGCAGAAAUACUUUCGUUAUCGAUCCUUAUUCGCUGGAGGUGACUCUCCUGAUUCCCUCACCUCAUAAGCAACUAAACUAUCUGGUUGCAUCUGGCAAUGAUGAACUCUUCUUGGUUGAGGUAACCAUCCCAAAUUUUGAGGUAAUAGAUUUUAGCCGGUUCACAUGCAUAGUGAGUAGGCUAGAUGAGGAGGAUAGUAAAUGGAUUGAGGUCACCGAUUUGGGAAACCGUGUGUUUUUUAUUGGACACUUUGGAAAUGUCUCUUGCUCGGCUAAGGAACUUCCUGAUGGUUGUGGUCUGAGGGGGAACACAAUUCUGUUCACCAAUGAGCCAACUUUUGCUUAUAAAUAUGAAGUAGAUACUGGAAGCGCGGGAGACGAUCUCAAUUGUUGGAGAUCCACAAGGGAGAAUCGUGUUUCGAUCCUCAAUACAUCUCCGGUUUUGGCUCUCCAAGUUGAGCGCUAAGCCGAAAAUUAAAUCUCGCUUUGGAUACCUUAGUCAUUAUGUUGGUUAAUUUUGUUUUUUUUUUUAUUAGAUAAUAUACAAACUUUCCAUUGAUAGACUUUGUGAUCUCUGAUGUUACCCAUUG